GUCCAACAAUGAGACUGGAAGUACAAGAAAAUCAAAAGACAAGAGACAUGUUACUUGCACGACAAUCCGAGAAGGUUGAAGUCAAAACGCGACAAGGGAAUGAAAUUAAAGAGGCUGCAGCAUUUGAGGUACCUCCUUUAGGAUCUGCACGCAUAUCGCAGAAUAAAAAGCCACAGAAAGUGGCUUUCUGUCCUAAAGAAGUUAAGAGGAUAAUUGAAUCUGAAGCCCUUGAGCAAAAAAAUGCUCAGACACACACUAUAAGGAAAAUUAUAGUUUUUGCAUCACUUGGCAUAAGACAUGGGUGUGAAGAUAUGCAUGAAUUGGACUUCAACCAUUUUAGCAUUUUGAAGAAAGGAGAACCAUAUGUGUCUCCGAAGAAUAUAGGGGAGCAUGUUUUAUACGAGAAUCCUGGUGUUAGGAGGAAAAUAUUUUAUCCGAAUCAACAAAACCGUUCAUUAUGUCCUGUCCAGAUACUUGAAGAAGAAAGAGCUAUGCGUCCAUCUGAUGCUGCAGAUUGUCCAUCAUGCUUAUUCUUGUGCAUUAAAUACGGUGGAAGGACAAGAAAUCUUCCUCAAAAUGAAUAUGUGAGGCAGAGGAUGGGAAGAAACAAAUUGAAGUCUUUUGGGCCACUUAUGUGCCGAAUGGCGAUGUUGGUUCAUGUUCGCAGUGGAAGCUUUUUCUUCAAGGCAUUGGGCAUUACACUUCUGUUUAUGGCAGGAUUUCCUGAUGAUCUAGUUCAGAAAGAAACCAAAUACCAGAAUUUAGACUUGCUUCAGAAAUAUUACAGGACUGAUGAAGAUGCUGAAGGGGAGGAUUUAUUUCUUCAACAUAUAAUUGCAUACAAUAAUGGUACUCGUGAACCCCAAAAUUCAACUAAAAAGGUCCUUCCUGCAAAAUCCAAAAAGAGAAUGAACUCUAAUGCCGUCAUCAAGUCGAAUGAUUUGCAAAAUCCCCCACCACAACAGCCAACACCAACGAAAAUGAGUUCAGCAGCUACUCAAUUUGGUUUAACUGGCUAUUCUUCUACUCCAAGUCAAACAUAUGCAAUGCAAAUGACACCAUUUCAUUCUAUGCCAUCUCAAAUUUCCCAAAAUUCUUCUCAUAUGCCAAAUCCAGCUCUUGCUCCUUAUAGUACUAAUAUAUCUGGUAAUAUUAGUUUACAUCAAAUGCUGCCACCACAACCAGCGGCAAGUACUUUUCUGCCAGUGAUGUAUUGGCCACCACUUCCACCAACUGCAUUUUUUCCUGGACCAUAUCCUUCUACAUUUGGAUACCACUCUUUGCCUUCUACUGCAAGUUACAUGUCGUUCCAAACACGACCUUAUUAUUACAAUAACCCUACAUGCAACUUCUCCUUAGAAAAGCUAUUAGAUGAAAGAGUAAACAAUGAGUCAGCCUCAGAUGAAACUGAGAGUGACACUGAUAGUUCAGGUGGCUGCACUGAGCAUAAGCAGGGAGCAUAGUUCCAAAAAUAAAUAGACUUAUUGCUAAAAUGACAAUGACAUAUAUACUAUGGUCAUAGAUUAUGAUAUAAACUUUGAAUGCAAUCAUUGUUAGGUGGUUUAAGACUUGAAGUGGCAUGAUUGUAAAAGAA